GUCAGUGCUUAACUGAACUCAGGGAGAGACAGACGUUGCGCGUGUUUAACUCAAGUAGUUUCAACGAAACUUUCCGAGUUUUCUGUGAGUGCAUUCUGUGUGUGUAGGUGUGUUUUGUUUUAAAGUUACUUAACUCAGUCACCCUGGAUUUCGAUCUUGAUGAGCCUCUCGUAAUGCGUGCGCCCGCGAGCGCGCGCGGCGCGGGAGUGCGCGGCGCCAGUGUGCCGCGGUGGGGCGACGCGUCCGCGCCGCCCGCCACCGACUAUUCCGCGCUUGCGGCUCCGCAAUGCGCGCAACCGUUGUACCCGUUCGACGAGCAGAUCAACCAGCGGUUCGCGAUAUGGCAAGGUGACAUCACAAGCCUUGAGGUUGACGCGAUCACGAACACAACCGACGAAACGCUGUCCGAAUGCAAUGCGGUCAGCGAGCGGAUCAUGUCAGCUUGUGGUGCCGAACUGAAGGAGGAAAUUGUGACGAGAGGCCAUGAGUGCCGUACAGGCGAAGUGGUAGUUACUCCCGGAUUCAACCUGCGAUGCCGGCACAUACUGCACACAGUCAGCCCGUCGUACAACCAGCAGUACCACACUGCGGCCGAGACCACACUCCACAACUGCUACAAGAACGUGUUGUACUGCGCGGGCGAGCUUCACGCGCGUACGUUAGCGUUGUGCGUCAUCGACACGCCGCGGAGGAACUUUCCUCCGGAUUUAGCUGCGCAUACGGCGCUACGUACAAUCCGUCGCUACCUGGAGCAGAACAAGACCCCGCAGCUCGUGAUCGUGGCGUGCUCGUGCGGCCCCGACCUCUCCCUGCUGGCCGCGCUCGCGCCGCUCUACUUCCCGCGCGGCGCCCGUGAGGCCGACGCCGCGAGGAUGAGACUGUCGGAGCCGACGCCCAACGAACGUCGGAUACGGAUCAUACACAACCCGCAUGAACAUAACGAGGAUAGCGCGGAAGAUGACACAUCGCUAUGCGACGACGCGGCCGCAGCCGAAGCGGCCGAGGCGGCGGCGGCCUUCGCGCGCGCCUGCGCCCCCGACACGCAGCGCCUGCUCGCGCCCAGCCCCGCCGUCGUGCGCCGCCGGCUAGAUGACCACGAGCAAUACGAGCGGUUACUCCGACGAGCGAAGGCCGAGGACCUUAGCGAAGUGUCCGGCAUCGGCUGCCUGUACCAGAGCGGCGUGGACCGGCUCGGGCGACCCGUUGUCGUGUUCAUCGGCAAGUGGUUCCCUAUCAGCGACAUCGACCUUGAAAAAGCACUCCUGUACCUGAUCAAGUUAUUGGACCCCAUCGUCCGCGGCGACUACGUGAUCGCCUACUUCCACACACUCGCCGCUUCCGGCAACCACCCGCCCUUCUCCUGGCUGAAGGAGGUCUACACCGUGCUGCCUUACAAAUAUAAGAAGAAUCUGAAAGCGUUUUAUAUUGUACAUCCCACAUUCUGGACGAAGAUGAUGACGUGGUGGUUCACGACGUUCAUGGCGCCGGCCAUCAAGGCCAAGGUGCACACGCUGCCCGGCGUGGAGUUCCUGUACUCCGUCAUGGCGCGCGACCAGCUCGAGGUGCCCGCCUUCAUCACCGAGUACGACAUGACGAUAAACGGUCUACACUACUUCCAGCCAGACACGAACAGCACGUAAACGUAAACUCUACGUAAUGUACGCUACGAGAACGUUUCCCGUCGGGUCGGCACUUCGCUCAUCUUCGCAGUUCACUACACAUACUAUAUUUCCAUCCUCCACACUGUUAACUGACUUUUAAGACAUGGGUUAACCUUCAGUUGUUGUUCCCUGCAAUCCCAGAAUAGCAGAAUUUUUUGUUAUACUUCAAUGAGGGCUAUCGUUUUUUUGCUCACCAGUUGGCGCCUCUUUUGAUGGUGACUCAAAAGACUAAAGAACAGCUGUCAGUCGUUGAAGUGACAUUUGACAUUUCGAACUUUGCGAAGACCACCAUCCACACUAGCGCCCCUAGCGGCGAAUUCAUACGCGUUAGCCCUCAUUGGAAUAAAGUUGCAUAUUGCAUACUUUGAAUUCCAAAGAAAUGAAAGAAAUUUAACCAUAUUUCCUACACUAUUGAUUUCAAUUUUAUUUGCAUUUUUUUCUUGUGUGUUGGGCUUUAUGAUAGGACAUUGGGUUAUAUUGUAUCUGUAUCAACUCAUAUUGAGACACAUCUCAAUGUCUGUUUAUUUCUCUUUUCCUAAACAAACAUAAACAUUUGUAGAAAAAUACAAAGUGUAUCAAUUAACUACUGCCUCUACUUCAGAUGAGAUUGUAAAUUCAGUGAGAUUUCAUAAUAUUUUUGUAUUAAUCAAAUAGCACCAACAGUUUGUUGUUAUGUAUAAUGUUUAUAGCACUGACACCAUGUGAAGUUAGAUAGUGGCGCCGCCUAGCGUGUGAUUUUAAACAAUAGUAUGCUCGCAAAUUGUUAUCUGUCUCUUUCAAACAGUGUGUAUAAUCGUGUUACAAUAGGCCUGUCAAAGAAAAAAAUCGAUAUUUAAUUUGGGAUAUUCCUAGUGUUACCAAUGAUAACAACUAAAAAUAUCUGGGAAUAACUGUAAUAGUUACACUAGGUGGCGCUUUGAAAGCCUCAUAUUUGCAUGCCUAGCGCUUUCGUAACGCCAUCUAGUGAAACGUUUUCCAAGUGCACUUUUUCUUACAGUAACCUAAUCGGACCAAACUAACUGCAUGUCAUUUGCAACGUCAAAGUGUAGUAAUGUCAAAUGUCUAUGACAAUAUGACGCUUACUGACACAUUCACUUUGUUCUGUUCAUGUCGGUGCAAAGUUAGAUUAGUUGGAUACUACCCUCCUAAGGCUCAAGGACCUACUUAAAGUACUUAUUCAGUUCGGAAAUUUAUAUCAUAUUCAAUUGGAACAGUUGCAUUUGUUUUAUUGCAUCCCAUUUUCAAACAAAACAAAAUGAACUCUAUUCCCUACACUAUAGGUUCAAAUUUCAGUGGCAAAUUUUGGAUUUUUCAUUUGUAUGGCUGGGUCUUAGGAGGCUACGCUUAGGCCCACUUGCACCAUCUAACUAACCCGGGGCUAAGCGGUUAAACCGUUAACCCAGUGUCAAAUUGUACUAGUACCCAUGGUAACUCCAGGUUUAACGUUAACCCCGGGUUAGUGGGAUGGUGUAAGUGGCGUAAAGUAAGAACUAGUGUAAUAUUUGCGGGCGAACUAUUGAGUAGCCUGCCCUACCACUCUAUGUGCCACCUAUAUAUAGUGUGUGUGUGUGAGAGAGAGAAUGGUGUGUGAUCGAUGCAAUACUAUGAUGUGUUUUAUAGAGGUUGAGUAUAGUAAUGGCGGAUUUGUGGCUUGUGUCCCGACCGACAAAGAUCUGAGAAAGAAUCAAGUUGGUAGAGAUUGCAGAUGUGACUCGACUUUAUAUAACUUUCUUUAAAGUUGAAUAUUAAUGUGGCUUUAAUCUUAAAUAUUGAACUUAUAUCCUCACAUUUCAAAGUUAUAACUGGGUAUAAGCAAAAUAAUAGUACUAGGUACAAGCGCGAGCAGACGUCCGUUCCGUAGCGGUGCGCGGCAAGUCGGCAACUCGGCAACUACUAUGGCUAGACACCAAAAUUGGUGUGGGCCGCAUGUACUUGUAGCCACGCAACGAAAUCGCGGAGUGAGCCACGCCUGGUAUUAGUCACUGUAGCAUAACUAUGUAUAGUUUAUUCCAUUUGGAUCUUAAAAAAAUGUCAACAAAAGAUUAUGUGACUUAGUUAUUGGUUUAAUUCUAUAGAUAGAAAAGGUUUGUCAAAGAAUUUAAUUUCCUACACAUUUUGGUCUUUGUCACAGUGACAUUAUGUAGUACGAGGUCUAGCGACUUUCAUAUUGAUUGUCACUGUGGUACGAAAUGGGUCGGAAAUUAACUCAGUCGCCAUCAUAUAUAUCGGAGCGGCCAAGGCGCUCACAGAUAUCUGAACACGCCUCUAUCAUCAAGGCGCAUCAGAUAAUUUUAAACACCUCGGCCACUCCGAUAUAUCUAAUGGCGACACCUGACAGGAAUGACCAAGUCACUCGUUUUUUUUUAAUUCUUUUAAUAUUCGAAUGAGAUAGAGAUGUUUGAUGAUUGGGACACAGCCAUAUUGCAUUGUUAUUGUAUAAAUAAAGUUAAAUUUUUAAUACAUUAGUAAUCGUAAGACUUUUCCAACAUAAUACUGUUUCAUACUUGUAAGCUCGGUGUCUUCUAUAGUCUGUUUAUAAGCAAUUUUUAAUGUCAAAUGUAAGUUGAUGCAAUAAUUUACUCGAAACUUACACCCUGUAGCUUUUGUUAAAUAUAUAAAUACACCAAGAUAAUGACUAUGAUAUUACAUGUAAUGUUAUAGUCAGUAUGCUAAGUUCUUCAAUGUAAAUAGUGUAAUCAGUAUCACAAUCUGUAAAAGUGGUCAUGUAAGCAUUAUUUAAAUGUCAUAGAACUAGUUAGAGUAGUUUUGCUUUGGUGAUAAAAUAUUUUUCCAAGUGAAAUCAAUGAGUCACAUACAUUUAGCAGAAACACUGUCACGUAGUCACAGGGCGGACACGCUAUACAUCAAAAAUCACUUGCGUUUCUAUGUGUGAACGGCACGUCUGUACACGCGUCAUGCGUCAUAGUGUGAGUAAGUUGCUUAAAAAUAGUACUGAGCGGCCGGCAAACGGCCGUCAAUCUGCCGUAAUUCGAGUCAGGGCGGUGCGUGGCUGUUCUGUAUGAUAAUACUAUUACUUAUUCUGUGACGUAGUAUAAAAAAAAUUGAUAUGGAAGGCCGUAAAAUCGAAAUGUGGAUGGCACUCUCUUAUUUCUUGUAAUGCCUGUCCGAUUUCUAAGAUCAAGUUCGCCAUAGAUUUACUGUGCUGUUCUUGAUCUGAGAAAAGUGGACAGACUAUAUAUAAUAGACAAUCAAAAAUGACAGUAGUCUUUCCCAUUUGAUACAAAUUGAAAUUACUCAAAUUACUGGGAGAGAUACAUUGUCAUCAAAGAAAACUUCCUAAAAUAUCAACAAGGCCUUAGCAUGUUAACUAUUGUUACUUUUUAUAAAGUUUGGUUGCGAGUAUAUUACUGUUGAUAGGACAUGUUGCCAUGGUCUAUGUUACAUGCAUAUUAUAGGGUUUAAUAUAAUGUGAUCAAUCAAGUUAAGUUUCAUAUUUUAUUAAUAUAAUGUAGACUAUUAUAUAGGCUAUGUAAAUAUUUAACAGAAUACGAAAAUAAAAUUAAUAAUUUACUAA